UGAUCGUGUGCGAAAAACACUUGUGAUAAGGCUGCCACUCAGCGCACAGCAGUUCUUUUUUAUUAUUAUAAAUAUUUACAAUAAAUAAGCUCUGCGCAAAUGUAUACAAGAUUAUUGCAACACUUGGGAAACGGCGCUAGGUGCUUGGCUACAAAGGCCACACCGAAAGUGCAGCCCAUCAACAAAAUUGUGAUUUCAAAUCGUGGCGAGAUCGCUUGUCGUGUGAUAAAGACUGCUCGUAAGCUGGGAGUGCGCACAGUGGCUGUUUACUCCGAUCCCGACGAGCACAGUUUGCACACAGAGUUGGCCGAUGAAGCGUAUCGUGUAGGUGAAGCCUCCGCCUAUUUGCGUGGCGAACGCAUUCUUGAAAUUGCCAAGAAAUCAGGAGCACAAGCAAUUCAUCCUGGCUAUGGCUUUUUGUCCGAGUCCGUGGAAUUCGCAGAGCUGUGCCAAAAGGAAGGUGUCAUUUUUAUGGGCCCACCCAGCUCAGCCAUUCGUGACAUGGGCAUCAAGAGCACAAGUAAAGCCAUCAUGGCAGCUGCAGGAGUUCCCAUCAUUAAUGGCUAUCAUGGUGAUGAUCAAUCAGACACUUGCCUGCAAGCUGAAGCCGCCAAGAUUGGCUUUCCUCUUAUGAUCAAGGCUGUGCGCGGCGGUGGCGGCAAAGGUAUGAGAAUCGCUGAGAAACCCGAGGAUUUCCUUACCGCCUUGAACUCGGCACGCAUUGAAUCACAGAAGGCUUUCGGCGAUAGCUCUGUGCUGCUUGAGCGUUACGUGCGCUCGCCGCGUCACGUUGAGGUCCAAGUCUUUGCGGAUCAGUAUGGCGACGCUGUCUAUUUGUGGGAACGCGACUGCAGUGUGCAGCGUCGUCAUCAGAAGAUUAUCGAAGAAGCGCCAGCGCCUGGUUUAUCCGAGGAACUGCGUCGCGAACUGGGCGAAGCUGCUGUGCGCGCUGCCAAAGCUGUGGGCUAUGUUGGCGCUGGCACCGUGGAGUUCAUAUUGGACAAGGAGGAUCUGUCCUUCCACUUCAUGGAGAUGAACACUCGCCUGCAGGUCGAGCAUCCCAUCUCUGAGAUGAUCACCGGCACCGAUCUUGUCGAAUGGCAAAUUCGCAUUGCUGCCGGCGAACCUCUUCCCCUAACGCAGGCGCAGAUCAAACGCAGUGGCCACGCUUUCGAGGCCCGCAUCUAUGCUGAGAAUCCACGUGGAGGCUUUCUGCCAGGCGCUGGCCCAUUGCGCUAUCUGAGCACUCCCAAACCCAGCGCUGAGGUGCGAGUGGAAACAGGCGUUCGUGAAGGAGACGAGGUGUCUGUGCACUACGAUCCCAUGAUUGCCAAGCUGGUUGUUUGGGGCGAGAAUCGCACGCAGGCGCUGAAUUCGCUGAUUGCUCGUUUGGGCGAAUAUCAUAUUUCUGGUCUGGAAACUAACAUUAACUUCCUUAUCGAUCUGGCCUCGCAUCCCGAGUUCCAGUUGGCCAAUGUGCACACAGGCUUUAUUGAUCAGCACUUUGAUACGCUGUUUCCACCAAUUGUCAUCGAGCCACAGCAGUUGAGCCAAGCAGCUCUCUCGCUGAUUUUCAAUGAGCUGCAGGCAGCUGCCACUAAUGCCAGCGGUCGUCAAGAUCCAUUUGCUGCCGCAUCAAAUGCGCGUCUCAAUUACGCGUUGCUGCGAAAAUACAACUUAAAGGCUCAGGACAAGGUUUAUGCUGUGGAAGUUAAGUAUGACAAUGGCGACAUUGAGAUCCGCGUUGAUGGCGGCGCCUGGCAAAUCAUCAAGGCCGAGCGUGUGUUGGAUGGCGAGCGUCUGAAAAUCCGUGCCAACAUCGACAACACAAUCUCCACCUACAAUGCCAACAUUGAUGGCUCAAACGUUACGCUCUUCCUGGAGAGUGGCAAAUUGGACUUUGAGCUGGUGCAGCCCAAGUUUUUGAGCGCUCAGGCAGAUCAACUGGGCAGCGGUGGUUCCAGAGUUGUGGCACCCAUGCCAGGUGUGCUGGAGAAGGUGUUAGUCAAGCCCGGCGAUAAGGUGAAGAAGGGCGACAGUCUGGCCGUGCUCAUUGCCAUGAAAAUGGAGCACAUACUGAAGGCGCCAAAGGAUGCUGUCAUUAAAUCAAUUGGUGGCGCCGAGGGCGAUAAUGUUGCCAAGGGCGCUGCAGUUAUUACUUUCGUCGAUGAGGAAACUGCCAAUUAAGAAUGAUUGUGAUUUUGAUUGCGUACCAGGGAAUUGUUGCAUUUAUCCACAGGAAUAUUUUUGUGUUCUUUGUCUAUUUCUGUGUUUUAUGAUCAGUUUUAAGCUUUACCGCGUGCAUUUAUUAGAUUUAAGCCAUGUAAUGGACCAUUAUUGUUGUCAUGUCCUUUGACGUUAAAAGCAUAAUAUAUUUUUUGAAU